AAUGAGGAACUCCCGAUGGCCUUUUCAUGGGGCAAUGUCAAUGGGCGUUCGUAUUUGACCAAGUCAUUGAAUCAACACAUUCCUCAAUAUUGCGGCAGCUGCUGGGCGCAUGCCGCUUUAUCGGUUCUCGGGGAUCGGAUAAUGAUUGCCCAAAGCCAAGAAGAGGACUCUAGCAUUCUCGAUGAGUUUAAUCUUUCGGUUCAGUUUCUAUUAAAUUGCGCUGGCGAAUAUGCCGGAUCUUGUUACGGAGGAUCGACAACAGGAGUGUUCGACUUCAUCCAAGACAUGGGGUACAUUCCCUAUGAGACUUGUCAGCCGUACCUUGCCUGCUCCGAUGAUUCUGACGAAGGUAUUUGUUCUUUUGUAAAUACCACGUGCUCACCCGAAGCAAUUUGCCGUACAUGCUCUCCCGACGGCAUUUGCCAAGCUGUUACCACUUUCCCGAACGCCACUGUCGCUGAGUAUGGCCGGUACCGUUAUGAACUGUUUGCUACUAUGGCGGAAAUCUAUCUCCGUGGUCCAGUUACUGCAUCCAUUGAUGCCGGACCAAUUCACAAAUACCCUGGUGGUGUCUUGUGGGAUAAUCCCAAAUAUCAUUCCGACAAGACAAACCACGCUGUUAGCAUUGUUGGCUGGGGCUACGAUUACGAUGAAGAGAAGCAGUACUGGAUCGUUCGAAACUCUUGGGGACAAUAUUGGGGUGAAAUGGGAUUCUUUCGUAUCGAGCUUGGUAAGAAUCUGCUCAAGAUAGAAUCCAACAUUGCUUGGGCAAACCCC